AUGACUGCGACCUUCGCCCAGAACUCGGCCUCCCCUUGUGUGACCCUUCAAGCCUUUUUACGGCCAUCGCCGUUUUGCCGUCUUCCAGAAGGCCUCUGUACACCGACCCGAAGCCUCCCCUGCCGAUUUCCUCGUUGAAGUUCCUUGUCAUCGCCUUGAGUUCCGCGUAGGUGAACCGCCGGAAUCCAACUUCAAGUUGAAACCUGUGGCCGUUCUCCGCCGGACCCAGGUUCCGAUGGAUCCUCCUGAUAAACCUCCAACCCAGGAUUAUCAUGAUGGCCUCCACCGCGCCGAGAGCCCCGACAAAUCCGACCAAAUACUUCAGGUAAGGGCUCUUGGAACCGUCACGAUGGAGUUUCCCAAUGGAAGUCGGGACCAAUCGGUCUGAGCAUGCCAGCCCCGACUGUAUCAGUGCCCCACCAUCUGCUUCCCUGACGGCCAUCGACGUUGGGACCUUGAUGUACAUCCUGACUAGGAUCCUCGGCGUCCGAUGGCCACUGAGCAGGGCGUAUUCAGGGUAACAGAUCUUCCGGUGGAAGCCAAAACCCUGGCAACUGCAAUCUUUCCGGCAGACUCUUCUGCAGCUACUUAAAGUGGCGUUGUCACUGUAGGAAUCAAGGUCGUUUCGGUAGUAAUAUGUGUGACGAAGCUCUAUGAAGUCGACGCUUCCCGUUGCGCUGGUCAGAUUAAUCUCCGGCCGACAGCCUCUGGACCAGUCCUCGGGGUCUGCCCAGCUGAACCCUGGCAGGCACGUGCACAUCGGCUCCGGCAAGUACGUGCAGAUGCCGUACCUCCCGCACAGGCCGUGAACCUCGCACACCCCAAUAGCCGCCAACCACACCGCCGCCCAAUCCCCCGUUGUCUCGUUCAGACUGUACAGCCUGAGGAGGCCGUCGUGGUCAAGUGUUAACCUGCGACUAGGUCCGCGCCCUUAAUCCGACGACGAGAAGUUUAGAUGAUCGCUGGAUAGGAAGAAACCCUUGUCGUCGAGAGUUGCCACUCUACUGCUGUUGAAGUUGGUCCUUCCUUGGCUGUAAAGCGUGGUGUCCUGCCGAGGCCAGUAGACGCUGGAGAUUUCGGGGCCAUUGUAGAUGUGUAGAGAACAUUGUCGUCGUUAAAUUUGAAGUUGUAGAAACCCGAACGAUAGUCCCCGGCGGCUCUUUCUGACAACAGCAUAGUGUUCCUUGUGAGCUUCUGGCCGGGGAGGAGGGUGUCGGUGGGUGAGGCGAAGCUCUCCCACAGGAUCUUCCCCGUCCGGCUCUUGAGAACAAGGUUGCCCGUCUCCAGCAGCUCCAGGGUCAUCACAUCCCAUCUCGUCCCUGUGGCCGCCUCCCACACCUUUCCCACGGCACCACUCAACAAGACGAGGUUCCCGUCGCUCUGGAGCUGGAGCAUGGAGCCCUUGCCGUUGGCCGGCUUAUCUCUGUUCGCCAUCCACACUACCGUCUUUUGCAGGGCGUGGGUGUACCAGAUGGAGAAGCCGUAA